AUGAAUACAAUGCUUAGUAAUGCUACCGGUCUUGCAUCCGCUUCAGCAGUUUCUGCAUCAUCAUUUGACUCUGCAGCACUUUAUCAAGCACAAGCAUCUACUUUAACACAGGGUAUGACAGCGCAAGAAUAUGCUUCGGUAAUGCCAACUUAUUCAACCGCUUUAUCCGCCUAUAAUCAGUAUCCUUAUCCAACUAGCAAUAAUUUAGCCAGUGGAACAUUACCAACUUAUUAUACCUCAAAUUAUAUGAGCCCCGUUAAUCAAACUUACAAUAGUUUUGGAGUAGCAAGCGGAAUAUCACCCUUGGCUUCAACCGCUAAUCGAGCAUCUUCAACUAUCACCAAUAAUGCAUCCACUUCUGCGACAACUGCCGCAAGUUCAACUUCUGCCGUUGCUGGUCCAUCCUCAUCACUUACACAAAUUUCCUCGAAUUGUCGCACCUCCCGCGUUACCUUCAACGAACAAACACAACAGGAACUUGCUCAGAUGCGUACUUAUAAUGGUAAAAUAGGCAAUGCGAAGCCGCCAUUUUCAUAUAUUUCACUGAUAACAAUGGCAAUUCAACGAUCAGAAUCUCGUAUGCUAACACUUUCAGAAAUCUAUCAGUUCAUUAUGGAUAAUUACGCCUACUAUCGACAGAACCAGCAAAGGUCAGCCGGGUGGCAAAAUUCGAUCAGACAUUCACUUAGCUUUAAUGAUUGUUUCGUCAAAGUACCCAGGACACCGGAUAAACCCGGAAAAGGUAGUUUCUGGACUCUUCACGAAGACUGUGGUAAUAUGUUUGAAAAUGGGUGCUACUUGAGGAGGCAGAAACGAUUCAAAAUAAAUGAUGGUAAACCAAAAAAUAAGAAAAUUAAGAAUGGACAUGGCGCAAGAACGAGUCAAAUUAAGGAAGAGCAUGAUGAGGAUGUAAUGGAUAAUAAAGGGAUCAGUAAUACAGCUGAAAUGAAGGUUUCAAGUGGUUCGCAAAAAGCGCAACAACCCGAUACGGCAUGCUCACCACCGAGUGAGGCUGAAACAAGUACCAGCACCGAUCGAUCAGUUGCUAGUGGUGCAAAUCCUCAGCUAAUCAGGACUCAGCAACAAGCAAUGCAAUCUGUACAGUUAUCUGCCACCACAUCGUUGACAGCAUCUACCGUAAGCAGCCAACCGACAAGCGUCAUUUCAGCAGUGGGAACCGUGCCGAUGAGUCCUUAUGCCAGCCAAUAUCCAUCCUUUGGACUGUACUCGAAUGGCGCAAUGACCGCAGUGCCAGAUUUGUCACAAACAGCUUUACCUACUCUAACACCAAGUGCCUUCCGUAUUGGAAGCCUUAUCGAUAAUUAUAGUAUGUACAAUAAUAUGUAUGCCACACAACCAAGCAAUUCGCUUAACGAUUAUCCAUAUCAGCAAACACUGUACAGUUCGAAUAAUCCCAAUUCAUUGCCAAAUUUGUAA